GGAGUACAUCUUUGCGUAUCCUCAUCAGUCCACUCUGCAUGCGCUUCAAGGAGCAUUUGAACUUUGAAGUCGAGGUCGGCCCGUUGCGCGAGGUUCAGAGUCGCCGAAAUUGCUCCCUGCUGCAUUCACCCGGACUUCUCAUAAUAUCAAACCGCUUAAAACGCGUGGACGGCUUCAGGAUUGCUAUCCGUGGUUGUAGCAUGGCGUCUCGUAGCACAGCGUCUCGCUAGGCAAUCCGCGUCGAACUUGGUUGAUGAAGA